AUGCCAGAUCCGCAGGUAGUGGGCAUCCUAAUGAACAUGGAUAUCGACAUCAAACCCCACAAAGCGGUUCCCACUCUUAAGGGAGAAACAAAUUGGAUUCUCUGGUUGGAGAGGCACCAGGGCUACCUCUACAGCCAAAACAAUGCAAGGCUCUCCAUCGUCAACAAGGCCGCAUCUCGCAAAAUGCCAACAAAGAUCAACCCCAAGAGAGCUGUCGAGUCCGCUGCUCUAGCUCUGAAUACGUCCCAGUACCAUACGCAUUCGAGCGCUUUGCACAGCAUCUACCUUGCCGGUAAUCUCCAGCCAUGGCUAGGCUUCCUGAGCGCUGUUCAGGCCUAUCACGAAAGCCAUACCUGGCAGCAACAGAUUCUGGGUUACACGCUUCAAGCCCGGGAUCUGUAUACGCAUGGAAACGUCGAGGUUGGUGAUGAACACGGUGUCUAA